AUGCAUGAUGGGACAUAUGUGAAGUGCCAUCUGUUCACCUGGCAUGAAAGCCCGGCACCAGCUCAGUGCAAUUCAGCUCGACUCAAGGAUCCGUGUGCUUUGCCUUCGCAACGCACUUUGACAACUCUCUCACAACUAUGGGGUCUUCAGGUGUUUCCGAAACUCAUUUGUCGACGCAGUGCACGAUUUGUGCUUUUGAACAAUUCGAUCGAAGCAGACGGCAUAAUGGCGGCAUUGAUCCUUCGCAAAAUUCUUCCCAUUUCCACGGGCGAGCGCGGCGCUCCCCUGCUCCAACAGGCUAGCCCUAGCCAAUCACGGGCCGGGGUGGGGGCGGAGCCAGUGAAGCGGCAGCACUUAAUUGGUGAUGGUCACUCAGAUUGGAUGACGGAAAAAGUUGACUUGUCUUCAUUUGUGUCGACAACCGAGUCUUCUCCGAGCUCAUCCCUUCCUCCAUCUCCAUUAGAACACGAUGUCAAGGUGCCCUCAGACCUGGAGGUCAUGACCUCACUGCUGCAGGAAGAGCUGGCUCAGCUGGAGGACUACUUCCGCUCCGAGUCCACAGCCACAACCAGCAAGUUGGACAAAUCCUCAAAAUGUGACAAGGGUGCUCCGGCCAUGGGCUCCCAAUCUUACUAUCAGUUACCUUACGGCUCAUAUGGGACAAGCCAAUCAGAACCCAGCCCCGUAGUUGUUACCCUGGCAACUGGAGAACUGGACUUGGCCAGCUUUUGUGGUGGUCCCAUCAGCCGAACCAAAAUUGCUCGACCUGCUCCAUACAACUACCACCACCGCUACCACCACAAUAACGGGCGGCGGAUCAUCAGUGAGACUGUGAAAGUGGACGAAGUAGGACUGGACUCAUGGGGGUCAAGGGGAAGUUACUCAGGAAGCACAGAGUUGUCCGUCAACCACUACUCCACGCUCAAGACGGAGGAAGAGAGCUACUGCUUCUCGGAGGGAAUGUUCUGCAGUGAGGAAAUCGCUCGAGGGUUUUUUGGUGGCUCUUACGACAGCCACCACAAACGAGAGGGACAGUUGAUGCAUAAUUUGAAGGUUAAUGUAAGUUAUGACAGCGCAGGCUUGGAAGUCUUACACUGCAGCAAAGAUGCAGGACUUUCUGGAGGUAUCCCCCAAGAGACAAUGAUGCCCAGUGACAGCUACUUCCAGCAGUCCAUGGCCAGCACUGAGCCUUAUCAUAGCUUUAUAGGCGACCUGGACGCGCCCACACAAGCACAGGCUGUGGAGCCCCAACACGGCCACUACCUCUACCCAGAAUGCCUUGGAGACCAAAGCUAUGAAUGUCUGUCCAGAGUGGAGAGCGAAGGACCACUCCUAGGUCCCCCAAUCCAUCGCCCUACUCAGAGACUAAAGGACGAGCCUUGCCACAUGAAAUCCUCCCUGGGCAUUGGUGGCUCUGGGAUGGAGUCUGGUGGAGGGGAAAGAAAGCAAAAGAAGAGAGACCAGAACAAAACCGCUGCUCACAGAUACAGGCUGCGAAAGAGGGCGGAGCUAGACUCUCUGGAGGAGGAGCUUCACGGACUAGAAGGACAGAACCGCGAACUGCGUGACAAGGCAGAGUCAGUGGAGCGAGAAAUCCAAUAUGUCAAAGAUUUACUCAUCGAGGUGUAUAAGGCUCGCAGUCAGCGACUCAAGCAGGACGGCUCGGUCUAA